UUUUCGAACAACAAAGAAAAAUUCAAUUUCUUCAACAACAAAAAAUUCCAAAAUUGUGGAGUGAAGAAGCAAGCCACCUUCCUCCCCCUCUCCAUAAUCACUCCACCACCGGUCCUUCAUGGCGGCCUCUGUCGGAAACCAGCAAUUCCCCCACUUCGAACCGGGCCUAUCCGCCAUCGGCCGCCCCCUCAAACCCGGUCCAAACGGCCAACACCGGCCCGGUUUUCCACCCAAACCGGCCAAUCUGACCAAUGGCAAUGCCAAACCGGAAUACUCUUCCACCAGCAGCGACGACGAUGAUGACGACAACGACGAUAGCUACUCCCUCCUCAUAAAGAAGGGCAACGACGAGCUCGAGCCGUCGGUCCUGGACUCGAGAGACGAGGACACGGCCGACAACUGGAUCGAGCGCAACCCGUCCCUGGUCCGGAUCACCGGAAAGCACCCCUUCAGCGCGGAGGCGCCGCUCCCCCGCCUCAUGCACCACGGCUUCAUCACGCCGGUGUUCCUCCACUACGUCCACAACCACGGCGCCGCCGUCCCAAGGGCGUCCUGGGACGACUGGUGCGUGGAGAUAACCGGACUGGUCAAAAAACCGGUCCGGCUAACCAUGCACCAGCUAGUCACCGAGUUCCCGCGCCGCGAGCUCCCUGUCAGCCUUGUCUGCGCCGGGAACCGCAGCAAGGAGCAGAACAUGGUCAAGCAGACCAUCGGCCUCAACUGGGGCGCAGCCGGCGUCUCCACCUCCGUGUGGUGCGGCGUGCCCCUGCACGCCGUUCUAAAGCGCGCAGGGAUCAUGGGCCGUAAAAAAGGCGCCCUCAACGUGUGCUUCGAGGGGGCCGAGGAUCUCCCUGGCGGAGGAGGUUCCAAGUACGGGACCUCCUUGUCCAGGGAGAUAGCCAUGGAUCCGGCGAGAGACAUCAUACUUGCCUACAUGCAGAAUGGCGAGCGUCUCUCGCCAGAUCAUGGAUUUCCGGUCAGGAUGAUCAUCCCUGGAUUUAUCGAGGGUAGAAUGGUCAAGUGGUUGAAGAGGAUUAUUGUGACUCAGAAAGAAUCGGACAAUAAUUAUCAUGUUAAAGAUAAUAGAGUUCUACCUUCUCAUGUUGAUGCCGAACUCGCAAAUGCUGAAGCUUGGUGGUACAAACCCGAGCACAAAAUAAACGAAUUUAACAUCAACUCGGUCAUCACGACGCCAUGCCAUGAAGAGAUCUUGCCGAUCAAUGUGUGGACGACUCAAAGACCUUAUACGCUGAGAGGAUACUCUUACUCCGGAGGUGGGAAGAAAGUGACAAGAGUUGAGGUGACAAUCGAUGGUGGCGAAACAUGGCAAGUUUGCUCUUUGGACCAUCCCGAAAAGCCUAACAAAUAUGGCAAGUAUUGGUGUUGGUGUUUCUGGUCGUUGGAGGUCGAGGUGCUCGACCUCCUCGGAGCCAAAGAGAUCGCUGUAAGAGCUUGGGAUGAAACGCACAACAUGCAGCCAGAGAAGCUCAUUUGGAACCUCAUGGGCAUGAUGAACAAUUGUUGGUUCCGAGUAAAAACCAAUGUUUGCAAACCUCAUAGAGGAGAGAUCGGUAUCGUCUUUGAACACCCGACCCAACCCGGCAACCAGUCAGGCGGGUGGAUGGCGAAGGAGCGCCACCUCGAGAAAUCCUCAAACGAGGCUCCGACCCUGAAAAAGUCGGUCUCCACACCAUUCAUGAACACCGCCGCCAAAAUGCUCUCCGCCUCCGAGGUCCAGAAGCACAACUCGGCCGAUUCAGCGUGGAUCAUCGUCCACGGCCACGUCUACGACUGCACCCGCUUCCUGAAGUACCACCCGGGCGGCGCCGACAGCAUCCUCAUCAAUGCGGGCACCGACUGCACGGAGGAGUUCGACGCCAUCCACUCCGACAAGGCCAAGAAGCUCCUCGAGAACUACCGCAUCGGUGAGCUCAUCACCACCGGCUACGCCUCGGUCGACUCCUCCCCCAACAACUCCGUCCACGGCCCGAGCAACGGCCUCCACCUCGCCCCGAUCAAAGAGGUUGUCGCCCCCCACCGCGCCCCGAUCAAAGAGGUCGUCGCCCCCCAUCGCGCCCCGAUCAAAGAGGUCGUCGCCCCCCACCGCGCCCCAGCCCUAAUCCCCCGCCAAAAAAUCCCCUGCAAACUCGUCGAAAAAACCACGUUGUCCCACGACUCUCGGAAAUUCAAAUUUGCCCUCCCGGGCGAGGACCAGGUCCUCGGCCUCCCGGUCGGGAAGCACGUAUUCGUCUGCGCCACCGUGGACGACAAACUAUGCAUGCGGGCCUACACGCCGUCUAGUGAUGUGGACACUAUAGGGUACUUUGAGCUAGUGGUCAAAGUAUACUUUAAAGGGGUCCACCCAAAAUUCCCUAAUGGCGGACAGAUGUCGCAAUAUCUGGACACGCUGGAGCUUGGUUCAUUUAUUGAUAUAAAAGGCCCAUUGGGCCACAUUGAGUACGCCGGGAAGGGCAAUUUCGUCGUGCACGGAAAACAUAAGUCCGCCAAAAAAUUAGCCAUGAUCGCCGGCGGCACCGGAAUCACGCCGAUCUACCAAGUGAUGCAGGCGAUCCUAAAGGACCCGGAGGAUUCAACAGAGAUGUACGUCGUGUACGCGAAUAGGACGGAGGACGACAUUUUGCUGAGGGACGAGCUCGACGCGUGGGCGGAGAAGUUCCCGGAGAGGGUGAAGGUGUGGUAUGUGGUGCAGGAGAGUGUGAGGGAGGAUUGGAAAUAUAGCGUGGGGUUUGUGACGGAGGGGGUGUUGAGGGAGCAUAUUCCGGCAAGGGCGGAGAUGGCGCUGGCGCUGGCGUGUGGGCCCCCGCCGAUGCUGCAGUUUGCGGUGAAUCCGAAUUUGGAGAAGAUGGGAUAUGAUGUGAAGGAGGAUUUGUUGGUGUUUUAGAGGAGUUGAAGGGGGGAUUUGUAAUUUUUUAAAAUAUGAAAAUGUGGUUUGUAAUUUGUAUGUACUAUUAAUUUCUAAGUUUGUAAUAUUGGUUGGGUUGUAAUAUUGACUAGUGGACAUCACAUGAUUUGGUAUUUUCCUCUUGGAAACUUUAGGGGUCUUACUUUUUUUUUUUGCAUGUAAGAGUUGUUAAUAAUGUAAAUGUGGCAAAGUCAUCAAAUAGAAUUGCAAUUCGAGAUUUGUGGAUA